CACCCACCCUUGCCCUCUGGUUUUCUCCAUCUACCCUCUGCGCGGUUUUGGGAGCAUUAAAUUUUGUGGGUUUAAUCAAUUGAGUCUCGUGUUCCACGAUGAAGUCAAACACUAUUAUAUUUUCCGAACCACAUCCAUAGUUCUUUAGCAGUGGCGUAUAGUAGUUAGACCCAGCACCCAAUCUUUGGCAAGAUGAAGUUGAUUUUCACAUUCAUAUUCAUUAUCACUCUCACUACUCUGCGCCAAAGAUGCACAGCUGCUCUGCCCUUUGUUGUCUUCCAUGGAAUAUCUGAUAAAUGCAGUAAUGGAGGAGUUAGUGAAUUCACUCAGGUUCUGAGCAAUUGGUCAGGUUCACCUGGAUAUUGCAUAGAAAUCGGUAAUGGGAUGUGGGAUUCUUGGUUGAUGCCCUUUACGAAACAGACCGAGCUUGCUUGUGAGCAGGUGAAAAGUAUGAGUGAGCUCAGUGACGGUUACAAUAUAAUUGGUCUCUCUCAGGGUAACAUGGUAGCCAGGGGUCUUAUUGAGUUUUGUGAUGGAGGCCCUCCGGUGAAGAAUCUCAUAUCUCUGGCUGGUCCUCAUGCCGGGAUUGCUUCUGUUCCUUUAUGCGGAUCUGGCGUAUUCUGCAUUAUGGUGGAUCUUUUACUCGAUUUAGCAAUUUACAGCGACUUUGUCCAGGAUCAUUUGGCACCUGCAGGUUAUAUAAAAAUCCCGACUGAUAUCGAAGCCUACAGAGAAGGAUGUAAGUUUCUCCCGAAGCUCAACAAUGAAGUAGAGAUGAAUUCCACAUACAAGAAACGGUUUACUAGCUUGGAAAAUUUAGUGCUUAUCAUGUUUGACGAUGAUAAAGUUCUGGUGCCAAAGGAAACAUCCUGGUUCGGAUACUUCUCCGAUGGCUCCUGGAGCCCGCUUUUGUCUGCCCGGGAGACAGAGCUGUACACAGAAGAUUGGAUUGGUUUGAGGGCAUUGGAUGAAGCUGGGAAAGUGAAGUUCAUAAAUGUGACUGGGAGCCAUCUUGAAAUCUCCUAUGGUGACAUGAAAAAGUAUAUUUUGCCAUACUUGGUUGAAAAUGCAUCUUCUUGGAAUGUCAAAGAUCUUGAUGUGCUUGCCAAAGAAACUCUUCUGCUGCACUCUCCCAAAUAAGACACUUCUCAGUUCUCAUUAGCAUAUUCAUACACUAAUUGGGAAUUUUUUGGGGGAUUUCCUCUUCCAUGAUGGAUGGGAGGAAGAGCAUAUGAUUUUACUUUGAUCAAAGCAUGAAUGUAAUACAAUCCCACUAUUCUAAGUGAAGCAUUGAGAAGGAACCUUUAGUGUGUUCUAA